AUGACGGAUCAGAAACAUCUUGGUGAUGCUCAUAAAAAGCUCCAAGACUGCAAUAGAAAAACAGAAAUUUUCCAACAAAAACCUUUGGAUAAAGCAACACCUGCAAUAAGUCCAUUGGAGCAGCGCAUUGAGGAGUUGAGCCACCGUUUCGUGAUUGAGCGUGCCGUGGCUGAAGGAGCCAAAUGCGCCGUCAAGGCAUUACAUCCCGGGAAAGAACUUGUUCAGGCUCAAGCAGCACUACACGAGUCAAAUGAAAAGCUGGACCUCCUCAAAUAUGCCUUGGAGGAACGAGUGAAAGAACUUCCUCGUGGCCAUCCCAGGAAGUGUAUUACCACCGAGGAGCUGUCCCUUGACUCUGUGCAGAGCCAAUUUGGAACAAGGCCCCAGCCCACUGCACUAACAGGCACCCUGGAAUUGCGACUCAAGGGCUGUCUAGAUAUUCUGGAGAAUGUACCUAGCAGACUAAAGGACCUGUCACAUGUUAUCCCUGGCAGGAGUCCGCGUCGAGGAAGAUUCUCAUUUAUGAACAAAAUAAGAAGAAACAACCUCUGUGCUCAGUUGAAGAUUGACCACAUUUUAAAGGGUUCUACAAGUUGGAAAACUGUGUCUAAUCCAUCCUGGGAUGAAACUUUUAAACUGGAUUUGAAUAAGUCUCGAGAACUAGAAUUAUCAUUGUACUGGCAUGACCGGAGAUCACUGUGUGCCACCAAGACUCUGAGGUUAGAAGAAUUUCUGGUCAACCAGAAACAGGAACUGUGCCUACAGCUGGAGCCACAGGGCAUCCUUUUCAUUGAGGUGGAAUUUUCAUUUCCUUUACCCCAGAAAAGGACCAAACUUCAGAAGCUUAAGAAAUUGUUCUCCAUAAAAAAAGGAAAUACCAUCCAUCCAGCUGCAGAAAAUAUUGCAGUAAUUGACUCUCUUCUGUUGUCUGUAGAGGACACUGAGAGUGUGAAGCCAUCAAUACCCCUUCCAUUGGCAGUAGCGGACACUGACAGCUUGGAGCUUUCACCACCAGCUGUCACUUCCUUUACAGAAGAGAUCAUUAAACCAUCUCCAGAGGAAGAUACAAUAAUUGAUCCUCUUCCAUUGGCGGUAGCGGACACUGACAGCUUGGAACUAUCACCACCAGCUGUUACUUCCUUUACAGAAGAGAUCACUAAACCAUCUCCAGAGGAAGAUAAAAUUAUUGAUCCUCUUCCAUUGUCAGUAGCGGACACUUACAGCUUGGAGCUACCACCACCAGCUGUACCUUCCUUUACAGAAGAGAUCAUUAAACCAUCUCCAGAGGAAGAUAAAAUUAUUGAUCCUCUUCCAUUGUCAGUAGCGGACACUUACAGCUUGGAGCUACCACCACCAGCUGUCACUUCCUUUACAGAAGACAUCAUCCAACCAUCUCUAGAGGAAGUUGUAAUUAUUGAUAAUGCUCCACUGCCAGUAGCGGACCCAGAGAGUGUAGAGCAAUCACCUAGAGCUGACGCUGCCAUUAUAGAAGAGGCUAUUGAACCACUUCCAGAGGACAAUGACGCUCUUUCAUUGACAAAAGAGGACUCAAAAAACCAAGAGCCAUCAUCACCAACUAGGAGAGGUGUAUGCAUUAUUUCAAAUAUUUUCUUUUUUAAACUUGUUCUUUUUCUUUGCAGUAUUGUGCAAAUAGCUGACCUGACCCUUCAGGAUUUUGAUUGUCUCUCUGUGCUGGGCCAAGGAAGAUUUGGAAAGGUCCUGCUUGCCAAGUACAAGUAUACAAAGUCCGCAUUUGCAUUAAAAGCUUUGAAGAAAAAAGACGUCAUUGCAGAUCAUGCUGUCCAUAGGCUUGCAGAUGAGAAGUACAUCAUGCAGAUCGUAAGCAGCAUACGACACCCUUUCCUUGUUAAUCUCUUCGCAAGUUUCCAGACUCCAGAUUAUGUCUGCUUUGUGAUGGAGUAUGCUGCUGGUGGAGACCUUCUAGCAAAUAUUAAGAAAAACAACUUUUGCCCAUUUUCAGAAAACAAAGCUAGGUUCUAUGUUGCGUGCUGUGUGCUGGGCCUAGAAUUCUUGCACAAAGCCAAUAUUGCUCACAGAGAUAUCAAACUGGAAAAUAUUGUUAUCGACAAGCACGGAUACGCCAAAAUCACAGACUUCGGUCUUUGCAAAGAAGGGAUGGGAUACAGAAAUCGAACCAGAACAUUUUGUGGCACCCUGGAUUAUAUGGCACCUGAAAUGGUUAUGAGAAGAUCAUACACAAGAUCUAUCGACUGGUGGAGUCUUGGCGUUGUUACUUACAUGAUGCUGACUUCAGCGCUUUUAAAUAAAAAUCCCAAAGCCCGUCUCGGUUCCAGCAAGGAUGACUCCAUGGAUUUGAAGUUACAUCCUUUCUUCGAAGUAUGUCCGUGUUCUAUUAAUUCCUUUACCAUUGAUGUGUAG